GUUGUUCCAUUGGUUCUUAAUGAGUUCGUGUAGCUAACGCGUUUCAAUGAGAAUGAGAAUUGCUGUAAUAGUUUUUAUAGGCGUCAAUUUCAUAACUGUUCCUUCAGUCCUUUCCUUCCUCACGGUACCCCAUUGACGAAACAAACCCAUAUCCUCUCUCUCUCUUCUUUCUCUCUCUAAACACCGCCGUUGGGGACAGGUAUAUCCAUUGUUGAAAACUGCUCUCUAGGGUUUUGAAUUUCCCCAUUCCUGUAGCUAAAAAAACCGGUUCCCUUUUCAUUUCCUUGUAAUCAUCAUCUUCAUCAUCUAUUGGAAAAAAUGACGACUUCUGCGGUGAAGAACAAUUUUUUGCCACCGGGCCUGGUAUCCAAUCUUCAGGAAGUUCUUCUCAACAGAAAAGGUGGGGUCCAGGAUCAGCAAUCGAAGCCCAAUAAUAACGAUGAACCUGCGGCCCAGCCUUCUUCUUCUGACUCGGUUUCCGGUGAUGCAACUGACACCGAGAGCACGAAACACGUUGUAUUGGUGACAAACGCUGAUGGGAUUGAAUCUCCUGGGCUGACGUGUCUUGUUGAUGCUCUUGUUCGUCAAGGCCUCUGUAAUGUUAACGUCUGCGCUCCCCAAUCAGAUAAAUCGGUGGCGGGCCACUCUGUUACUCUUAAAGAAACCGUUGCAGUUACUCCUACGGACGUUCAUGGUGCUACUGCUUAUGAAGUAUCUGGGACUCCCGUAGAUUGUGUGUCAUUAGCCUUGUCUGGGGCUCUGUUUUCCUGGUCGAAGCCGGUCCUGGUUAUAAGUGGAAUCAACAGGGGCUCAAGUUGUGGCCAUCAUAUGUUUUACUCGGGUGUCGUAGCUGGUGCGAGGGAGGCAAUGUUUAAUGGCGUGCCGUCCAUAUCGAUAUCACUUGACUGGAGGAAUGAUGAAAGUCAAGAAAGUGAUUUCAAGGAUGCCGUGAGUGUUUGUUUACCGUUGAUAAGUGCAGCCAUCAGAGAUAUUAAAAAGGGAGCUUUUCCAAAAUUUUGCUUGUUGCAUAUUGGACUUCCGAAAUCUCCUCUGACAAACAAGGGAUUCAAAUUGACCAAGCAAAGUCUCUGGAGCUCUAGGCUUUGCUGGCAAGCUAGUUCAUCAACCAGAAAUCUUGCUGCUGGGCGUUUUCUUCCAAGUCAGCAAAGCCUCGGGAUGCAGCUUGCGCAACUAGGUCGAGAUGCUUCUGCGGCAGGUGCUGCUCGCAAAUUAGCUACACAAAGAAAGAAUAUAGAGGUUGUUGAAUCUGUUGGUGUAGCAGGGAAAUCUGAUCCCGAUAGGAAAGUCAAGUACUUCAGAUUGGAGUUGCUUGACAAGAAGCAAGAAGAAGAAGAUGAGGAUUUAGAUUUUAGAGCUCUUGAAAAUGGAUUUGUGGCAAUCACUCCAGUCUCUCUUGUGAUGCAUGUGGAAACAGACGUUCACGCAGCUGCAUCAGAAUGGAUUUCUUCUGCAUUAGAAGUGGAACAAUGAAAGCAUGAGCCAUUCUUCUGUACUUUUUGUACAUCUUAAGAUGAUUUUUGUUCUAGUCAUCUUGCAUAAUUUACAUGGGCCAUAUUUGUGAUGCCUUAAUUAUUUAUUUGUUUUAGUUUAUCUCAUCAACCUUUUGAUUUGUGUCGUGAAGCUAAUGCUUCCUGCUGUUGAUUUAAAAGGCCAGCAUUGUUGUAAAGUUCCAUAUUUUUUUGCUUGGUACCACAAAAUUGUGUUUUAGGUUGGUUUUAUUGGGCAAAUUGUUAGGCAGGAUGGUUGGGAUCUUCUUUUCACCUUGUAAACUGGAAACAGCCAGAUGAAAUAUAGUGGAAUGUUGUCAUCUGUUUGUAAUGGAGUUGAGUGCCUUCUUUCAA